CAAGAAAUUGUACUUUAUUAGCAGAAGCAUUAAAUAACCUGCAUUAAGUAUUAUUUAAAGGACCUCUAAACUUCUCUUGGUGGAAUUGUUUGUUGCUGCAUUAUUAACUGUUGUUAAUUGACAGAAUGUGACUUUACUUUAAAAAUUACACUGGCAUAGUUUGUUUUUGAAGUAUUUACAGCAGCAGUGACUUAUAUUGGAAUAAAUGUAUAUGUUUAUUUUUUAGAUUUCUGCUCAUGGGUGGCAUUUAGUACUGUGACUACACUCAAACAAAAGCUAUAUAUAGUGGACACCAGAGUUAGUUCAUAUUGGAAUCACAGCAGAAAGUUAUCAGAGGGCAAUAUCUCAGUAAAUAUGUGGUUUUGAGUCAAAUUUCUAUACACAAAUGCUUUGUUUUCUCUAACAAAGAUUUCCAACACCUAGCCUUAAAUUAUGAUGAUUUUUGUUGGUUCAAUGCACCAAAUGAAAACUCAUCAUGACUCUAUCAUAACUAUAAUCAACAACAUUUGUUGAUUAACAAAUUAAUAUCAAAACCAUAUUGACAUUCAUUAAGAUAAGAUUUAACUGCAAAAAAAUUAAGGUAGAUCUGAAUUGAAAGGCAUAUUUUAAUUGAACUGUUCUCAGGCCAAGAAUAUUUUUCAUUAAUGUCAGAUCAUGGCAAAUUGUCAUGUGUUUUAAAUAUUGUUAUUAUCAAAUAUUUAGUAAUUACAUGAUGAUCUGGCAUUUUUCUCAGCUGCUUUGUACUUCAUAAUUGUUAUUAGGCUAUAAUUUGCUUUUAAUGUCAGGUUUCCACAUCAAAACAAAAUGGUAAAAAUAGUGUGUUACUUAAACCCAAUCCCCCACACAUGAAAAUAUUUUGUUUUUGCAGAUAUUUACUAUAGCAUAAGCUUGUACUGGACUAUGUAUAAACAGUAGCUGUGUAUGUUCAUUACGUAUAUAGGAUAGACAGAGUACAGUUGUAAAAGGAUACAUUUUCAUAAUCUGUGCAGACAUUAACAUUAGUGUGUAGUCCACAUUCCUGCAAAAAGUUGUUUUAAAGGAGAAUUUGUUUUAAAUUUACUUCCUCCUCUUUCAUUGUGAAUAGAUUGUUAUUCCUUUCUGAUCAUGAACUGUGUCUGUUUUCUAAGUUUUUUGUUGUUGUUGUUGUUGUUGUUGUUGUUGUUGUUUUUUCUUUGGGACAUGCUAAUGUGUCAGGUAGCUAAGAGAAUAAAAAAAUAAAAAAAUACUGAACUGAUAUAUAAGCAUACAUUACAAAUAUUUAAAAAACGAUCAAAGUAAAAUAAACAUAUAUAAUAAAUAAAUAAUACAUAAAUAUAUAAAAUAUGUUAGUAUAUUUAAUUUAAAUGUUUACCCAGUAUCUAAUUUAGCACAUUAAAAUUGAGAUCUGUACCAGGCAUGAGGACAGUUCUACCAAAAAGCGUUCCUUAUCUUCAAGAGAAAUUAUACAUGUAGGGGGAAAAAUCUCUGUUUAUUCUGGUCAGUAUUUGUUCAGUGCAAAAAAAAAAAAAAAAAAAAAAAACAUGUUACAGUUGUACUCCGUCAACCCAAAUAUCCCCAACAGUAAAUAUCAGAUUUGACUGCCCAGUUGCUGAUAUUAAAUCCAGCAGCAUUAGGACUUUUAACUGUUUGUAUCACUUCACUUGUCUGUGUUUGGAAUACUCCAGAUAGAUUAUCAGUCUCUGCAUUUGUAGUGAGAUUUUUAAAGUUCAACAAACUUGAAUGCAACAUGAAAUUCACUUUUUCUGCUAUUAGAAGUCCAGAUGACUGUAGAAGACUGAGAUGACUGUAUUUUCCCCACAGAAUUUGCUGUGCAAGCGUAAAUGUGACCGAAUCACUACUUCAACUUGAGCAGUUUGCUGAAAAAUGCUUUUGGAUAAGUCCACCAGCAUGAGUUUGAUGGACAUCUCUAAGAUCUUUUCUCUUCUUCAACCCAAAGAGGAUGAGGAGGAAGACACCAACUGUUGCCAGGAACUGAAUCAAGCUGUCUUUAAGGAUGACGACAAACUCCUUACUGAUCUCCUGUCUCAGGAUAAGUACAGGAAAUGCAUCAACCAUCGCAGUGGCUGGGGCAUCCCAGUUACUCCACUGCGCACUGCUGCGGCUCAGGGUCACAUGCGCUGUCUAGAGGUCCUCCUGGCUCACGGGGCAGAGGUGGACAGCCUGGAUGUUAAAGCUCAGACUCCACUGUUCACGGCAGUCGCUGCCAAACACUUAGACUGUGUUGUUGCUUUAUUAGAAGCUGGUGCAAACCCUAAUGGUAGCCUGUAUAACAACUGCUCCCCUGUGCUCACUGCAGCCCGAGAGGGUGACGUGGACAUCCUGAGGGAGCUCCUGCGACAUGGAGCUGACGUAGACGUCAAGCCCAAAAUGCCGGACUGGGCCUCAAACGCCACGACCUGCCGAGGACCACUCUACAUUUCAGCUGUUUAUGGCCAUCUGGAUUGCUUCAGAUUGUUACUGCAGCAUGGAGCGAACCCAGACUACAACUGCACUGAGGAAAAGAUGCUGACCAGGAUCAAACAGCCUAAAACUGUUCUGGAGAUGUGUCUGAGAUAUGGCUGUGGGCUUGAAUACAUUAAGCUGCUCAUAGACUUUGGAGCAAACGUGUAUCUACCCGCUUUAAUCAUUGACAAAACAGCUAGACAAAAUGAAGCAGUAAUGCUUCUGCUCAAAGAGAGAGUUUGUCCAAAAACACUGAUGUCUCAGACGCGACUUGCUUUAUGGAAGUUUCUUCCCACGGAAAACAAAAUGUGCUCCAUAGAUUGUCUGGACAUUCCCAAAAUACUGAAGGACUAUUUGAAUCAUGUAUCCUGAUUUUCUUGCAUUUUCCCUUGGAAUACACAACAUAAAAUCUGACUAAUAUUAUUUUCCCUUUUUGUAAAAUGUUGUGAUAUAAAAUAUUUGUAUUAUUUUCUUUAUAAAGAAUUCUAAAUAUCACAGAUAAUGGUUUAUACAGGAAUGGCUUUAUUAUUUUUAACAUAUAAUUUAUGAAUAUGUGGAUAAUGCAACAAAUGAAAAGACUUUCAGAUUAGUUUGUUUCUACAGUAGGUUAGGUUCUUGUUUUGUUGAUGUAAUGUAGAGUCAAUUAAUGUGAAAGAUAAACUCUGCCCUUUAUUGGUUGAAAUGAUUACUGUCUUGUGGUGACCCUCAACAAGAUGGUUAUACUGUUCCAUGGUUGAACCAGCUAGUCAAGGUAUGUAAACUCCUUAAUUCUGGCUGGUGGCAGGACUGUGGCCCUCCAGGAGCUGAGUUUGACACCCCUGAUCUACACUGAAGUAUAAACACUUUAGAAGAUCUCCAAAAAAAAAAAAAAAAAAAAAAAAUUCCAAUAAGUGGGACUGAAAUCUCUUUAUUAAGUCAGUUAUAUUGCUAUAUGGGCCAUUCUGCAGAACUGGUUCAAAGUCAGAGUUGGAAACAUCUUGAAAAAAUUUGUCUUUUCCCACAAAUUUUGUAUGUAUGCAAAUUGUAUAAUAUCCAAGGUAUGCAUUUCUAGUAACUGCAGUUAAUUCUCAUAUUGUAUUUUCAGAAAGUUUUGGAAUAUUUUUCCUUUCCCAAGUUUUUUCACUACCAAAACACAAUAAAUAAUUUAAUAAGAA